UGUUCCGAGCGGACGUGCCGUGAUAUUACGCAUCCACCGACGACGCCGCCGCCGCCGUCGCUGCCAUUAUUGUGUUUGUGUGUGCGCGUUUGUGUGCCAGGUAAACCCCGUGCCCAGGGACAUCACACGGUUCUCCAGUCCGGUGCCGAUCCACCACCGCAUUGUGUCGCUUGCGUGGAGUGUUCCGCGUGUGCUCCUGUGCGUUCGUGCGUGCGUGCCACUUGUGGGAGACGGUGAGAGAAAGGUAGUGCAGGAAGAGAAGCAAGACGCCGAGUAGCACGGAUGAUUAGAUAGAACUCGCCCACCGGUAUCCCACUAUCACUGUGGGGCCAUUAUUUGUUGUCUGCCAACCAACCCCUUUCAUCGCGCGCCACUUCAGCCUGCCGUGUGUGUCGGACGGUGCGAUUGAAUGUGUGAUAAAAGCCAAAGAUCCCCGCAGUAGCAGCAGUAGACCACCAAAGAUACGGGGCAGGUGUACACUCUCUUUCCGAGAACAGCAACAGCAGCCCAGUUGCAAGUGACACAAACAAAACGGUCCCAAGAACAGGAUCCCGAAUUGAACCCGAGUUUUAGUCGAGUGUCGGUGUGUUUGUGAGUUGUGGUGUGCCGUUUUCAGGUGCGUGGAUCACGUGCGAGAGGAUCGCUCUCUCGUUCUCUCUCUCUGUGUUUCUUCGGGCAUUCAAGCGAGAAAACAAUCGCGAAACCAAACCGCGAACGCAUCCACGUACGAUCGGACGCAUAAUCGAUCGAUUUGCCAACCAACCAAGCCACCAACGAGGUGGCCACGAGUGCACCACAACCCAAACCAACCAGAAAAGCAGGGCAGCCACCCCCCGCCCGCCCUCCUUGUUAACAGUCUGUGUGCACAGGAUGCAGAACAGCACGAUCGCCACGGUUUGCGCGCGGUUGGCGGUACUGGCGAUGGUGGUGGUGGCGUUGGUGUACGGCCAGCAGUCGGCCGACGACCGUCGGCACGUCGGUGCCAUCAUCUUCCCCGACGAGCUGAACGAUCGGUACGAACGUGACAAACCGGCCACCGAUGCUGGUGGUGGUGGUGGUGGUGGCAGUCGCACCGGGCUGGCCAAGGAGAAGCGCGAACUGGCGCACACCGCCAGUGACGGGGACUACCUCGACGAUAACGCCAACGACGACGAUGAUGCUCCGGGGGCGGCACUGGCGGACUACGAUAUCGGGGUUGCCCGGGCUCGCUUCCUGUCAGAGCUAAAGUCGACGGCCGACCUGAUAGGCCAGCUCGAUCCGGACUCGAUCGAUGCCCGUAUCUUCAACGACGCCAAUGGAGAGUACACCGGGCGCGAUAUGGGGGAGAAUCCGAAGCCGGCAUCGUGCGAACCGCAGCCGGAGCUGGUGAGUUUGCGGCCGGAAAACCUGACCGGCACCCGGUACUACUACUUCCCGACCUGUACCCGCGUCAACCGGUGCAGCGGUUGCUGCAACACGAACCAGCUCGUCUGCGAAGCCGUCACCACCAGGAAGAUACUGUACAAGGUGAUGAUCAUGGAGUACCGGACGGGCAAGAAGGAUCGCUUCUCGCACCUCGAGCUCGUCCCGACCGAGGAGCACGUGAAGUGCAAGUGCCUGUGCCGCGUACGGGAAUCGCACUGCAAUGAGCUGCAGGUGUACAAUCCGAACAACUGCCGGUGCGAGUGCACGAACCGGGACGACCGGAACCAGUGCGUGCAGGAGCGGCAGCUGAAACAGUGGAACCCGGAUACGUGCCGCUGCGAGUGUUUGCCGCGGACCGAAGAGUGCACCAGCGGUUCCCAUUACGAUCGGAGUGCCUGCAAGUGCUUACCGUCACAGCAGCAGCAACAGCAGCAAACACCAUGGGCUGGCUGGGCCCGGAACCGCACACUCGAAGACCGUAGGCGCCUGAUCGUGAAACCGAUGCCGGUAACGAGCGGAAGCAACUGAGUUGCUGGCUGGCUUCGGAAAAAGGUGUCGAAACAUUAACAUCAAUAGGCAAUCCCCUCGUGUAGCAGGCUGCUGGUAUUCAUUGGAAGCGGUUUGUUGAUGGUACGCAAGCACAACGGAGAGCUGGCAGAAAUAAAACGGGCUUAGUCAUUAUUGUUCUAUUUAUUUCCCUAAGUAAUUGAUUGAUUGUUGCAUCUAUUGCGAAUUGCGAAAUCGUGUUUAAAACAUUGGCCGUCUAACUUUCUAAACGAGUUUGAAUUUAGCAUUCGUAGGCCAGUCAGCCUAGAGAUGUUUGUUAUCGAUCAUGAUUUUCAUUUGUGUGGUUAAAUUUUUCGCUGUGUUCCCUUUGUGCACGUUUCAUUUACUUUGCGCCGCAUUUCUCCCUGCUGGCAAAGCUCAUCGUUAACGAAUAACAAUACGUUUACAGAAAACAAGAGAGCACGCAGCGGGAUAAGCAACACAUCGCGCGCCAGUUAGUGCCAGUUACGCUAGCGUGCGAUGACGAAUAUUAGAGUCUUGUUUGAUCAGUUCACUCAGCUCACUAGUAAGAUUUAAAAAAAAACUAAAUAAAACCCCCUAACACAAUUCAUUUCGUCUGUUAAUCAACUUUGUCUGAUUAGUUUUCGCUUAACCACCG